UUACAGGGUCUGCCCAUGCCAACAAAUAUCUUAGCUAGAAGACUGACAGCUUUACAAACUUGCAUCGAAUUACAUAGAUCUGGAGAAUUAGACAAUAAUCUAACACCUAUAGGCAAGGAAGGGUUUAGAGCUAUUGAACCAGAUUGGGAAAAUUUUGAAUUGGAAGCACAAGACGAAAAAAUUGUUAAAGAAAAUUCUGAACCAAGACCUGGUACGACAAAACGGCGACAGUAUUAUUAUAAACGCAUUGCUACUGAAUUUUGCAAUUGCCGCCCAACUGCUAAUGCACCCUGUUACCUCUACCUAUUAGAUCUCACACUGCAAUGUCCCAUACCUGAAGAACAAAAUACGCGAGGUCGUAAAAUUUAUCCACCUGAAGAAGCUUUACAAGGUUUCGGUAUAUUGACAUUAAAAAAAAUACCAAAAGUCAGUUCGUUUCCUAUAUUUACACGUUCCGGUGAGGUGAAAGUAUCUAUAGAACUAUUUUCUGAACCUAUAGUAUUAACGACAGAACAAGUGAAUUGCAUUAAUAUUUUUGUUAAUUAUACUUUUACCAACGUAUUGCGUCUACAAAAGUUCCUAAUGCUCUUUGAUCCCGAUUCAACGGAGAAUUGCUUAUUUAUAGUGCCAACGAUAAAAACGAAAACGGGAAAAGUUAUUGAUUGGGAUUUUUUGCAGUUAAUCGAGAAAAAUGCUGAUAUGAUGCCAACUGAAAUUCCCGAUGAAGAACGUAAGAUUAUGGAUUUCAAUGGAAAUAAAUUUAAAGAUGCCGUUGUAAUGCCUUGGUAUCGCAAUCAAGAUCAGCCACAGUACUUCUAUGUAGCCGAAAUUUGUCCACAACUUUCUCCGCUUAGCUGUUUUCCUGGUGAAAACUAUCGCACUUUUAAGCAUUAUUAUUUUCUUAAAUAUGGUUUAACUAUACAGAAUGUAACACAACCUCUGCUGGAUGUUGAUCAUACUAGUGCUCGUUUAAAUUUUCUUACUCCACGAUAUGUUAAUCGUAAAGGUGUUGCACUGCCUACGAGUUCAGAAGAGACUAAACGUGCCAAACGUGAGAAUUUAGAACAAAAGCAAAUAUUAGUGCCGGAACUGUGUACAGUACAUCCAUUUCCCGCUUCAUUGUGGCGUACAGCAGUAUGUCUACCCUGUAUAUUGUAUCGUAUUAAUGGUUUACUUUUGGCUGAUGAUAUACGUAGGAAAGUGUCAGCCGAUAUGGGUCUAGGACAACGCGAGGUAUGUAAUGAUGAAUUUGAAUGGCCAAUGUUAGAUUUUGGUUGGAGUUUAUCGGAGGUCUUGAAAAAAUCAAGAGAAAACCAAAAUGGUGUUGAAAAUAAUCCUAAAGAAAAUGAGAACAACGCCAAAAUAACUGAAAAAACAGUAGAUGACAUGAAUACUGAUCAAUCUAUCAAAACGAAGUCGGAAAAAAGUGCUAACGAAAUAGUGAUCGAUGCCGAAAGAAAGUUUCAGGAAAGCAAUUUUAUUGAAAUUGGAACUUGGUCGAAUGAUAUGGCUGAAGAUAUUAACUUUUAUAGAAAUGAUGAUUAUAAUAAUGAAGAUGAUGAAGAAAUGAAGAUGAAAUGUAUACCCUCGAAUAUUAGUUUUUGUAACGAAGAACCGCGAUAUGGUUCUCCAACUUUUUGGGACUAUAAGGAUAAAGUUUCGGAAACAGAUAAUCCAAAAUGGAAAAGUAAUUUUAAAAAAAAUUCAUUUACAUAUUACGAAUCAGAUGAUUCAUUUGCUUCGAGUUGUGAUAUGAACGGGGCGAUCAACUAUAGCACCGAUGAAGAUGACGAUGCUAAUUCUGGUGCUUUACGUAUUGCUUUUACAUCCAAAAAUGAAGCAGAAACAAUAGAAACUGAAUCUGACAUAGAGAAGCGCAACAAACAAAUAUCCAUCAUACAAGCCACUAAUGCCAAUGAAUUGAAUUACCAGAAAACAAAGAAUUUACAAGUAGGUUACGAUUUCGUUAUAUCAAAAAAUGAUAUUAUGGAAUCUGAAAUCGAAAGCUCUAUAAAGAAAUUCAUUAAAUCCACGCAACAUUUAGUCGACGACAUAAAUAAUUCUGGCAUGAUGGUGCCAUAUAAUAAUAAAAUUAAUUUACCCAGAAAGACUGCGAACAUCAAAAGUGUAAAUCAGUUGUUCACAUUGUCGGAGUGCAUCCACAAACUAUUGCCUUACGUGAAUAAAGAAGUUUUGGAUAAACUAUUGGAAAGUGGUAUCAAAUCAUUGACAGUGGAAGAUUUGUUUGAAUUCAAUUUGGCAUAUGUGACACAGCAACCCAAAGAACUUUUUACAAUUAUAGGUACUGGUGAUAUGUUCGAUAAUUUUAAUGAUAAAGCCAAUAUUAUCAUAACGCACAUGGAGCACAAAAUAACAAAGAGUAUUCAAUUAAAUUUUGAUAGAAAAACUAAUUUAAAAGCAAUACAUAGUUCAAUAAUUGCUGAAAGAAAUCCAAGCAAUAUAAAACCCAUGAAUUUCAGUUUUGAUUAUCAACCUGAUUUGCAGGGGCAUCCCGGACCAAGUCCGAGUAUAAUAUUACAAGCACUUACCAUGUCGAAUGCUAAUGAUGGCAUAAACUUGGAACGACUGGAAACUAUAGGUGAUUCAUUCCUUAAAUAUGCUAUAACCACAUAUUUGUAUAUUACGUACGAUAACGUACACGAGGGUAAACUUAGCCAUUUGCGUUCUAAGCAAGUCGCCAAUUUGAAUUUGUAUCGGUUGGGGCGUAGAAAAAACUUAGGUGAAUAUAUGAUCGCAACAAAAUUUGAACCGCAUGACAAUUGGUUACCACCUUGUUAUUAUGUGCCAAAAGAGCUGGAGAAGGCGUUAAUUGAAGCUAAGAUACCACCGCAUCAUUGGAAGUUGGUCGAUUUACCGAAUAUUAAGAAACUAAGUAGUAGUGAGAUAUGCAAACUAGUACGAGAUAAAGCUGAAGAACUUGGUUUAUACGAUGAUGAUUCUAGCAGCGAAACAGGUGGAAAUGGUUUAACGGAAAACCCUGAAGGAAAUGAUUUUUCCUGUUUCAUUCCCUAUAAUUUAGUAACCCAACAUAGCAUACCUGAUAAAUCCGUGGCAGAUUGCGUUGAAGCAUUAAUUGGUGCAUACUUAAUAGAAUGUGGCUCCCGUGGAGCGUUAUUAUUCAUGGCUUGGCUCGGAGUACGUGUUUUACCUUUUGAAAUAAAACCAUAUAAUGCAGCUGAGCCACGAAUACCUGGCAGCACGAAUCCAGAUGAAGAAAAUAUGAUAAAAAUAUAUGGUGAAUGGGCACCACCAAAGAGUCCACUAUUGCAUUAUACACCAAAUGCCGCAAAAGAGUUAGAAUCUAUGCUACAAGGAUUCGAUGAAUUUGAAAAUAUUUUGGGUUACAAAUUUCAAGAUCGUUCCUAUUUAUUACAAGCUAUGACCCAUGCUAGCUAUUCACCAAAUCGGCUUACGGAUUGCUAUCAACGGCUAGAGUUCCUAGGCGAUGCAGUGUUGGAUUAUUUAAUAACAAGGCAUUUAUAUGAAGAUCCUAGACAGCACUCACCAGGUGCUUUAACAGAUUUGAGAUCUGCACUUGUAAACAAUACAAUUUUUGCUUCACUGGCUGUGCGACAUGGUUUCCAUAAAUAUUUUCGGCAUUUAUCGCCAGGUUUGAAUGAGGUUAUCGAUCGUUUUGUGCGUAUACAAAGUGAAAAUGGACACAGUAUUAGCGAGGAGUAUUACCUCUUGUCGGAGGAGGAAUGUGAUGAUGCUGAAGAUGUUGAGGUGCCCAAAGCUUUGGGUGAUGUAUUUGAAUCAAUUGCUGGUGCAAUAUUCUUGGAUUCAAAUAUGUGUCUGGAUGUAGUGUGGCAAGUUUAUAGUAAUAUGAUGAAACCAGAAAUUGAGCAGUUUAGUAAUUCAGUGCCAAAAUCACCUAUUAGAGAACUACUUGAAUUAGAACCGGAAACAGCGAAAUUUGGAAAACCGGAAAAACUGGCAGAUGGUAGACGUGUCCGUGUAACUGUCGAAGUUUUCUGUAAAGGUGUUUUUCGUGGCAUUGGUCGUAACUAUCGCAUCGCAAAAUGCACUGCGGCUAAAUGCGCUUUACGUCAAUUAAAAAAGCAAGGACUGCUUUCCAAAAAGGAUUAAAUCAAUGUAAAUUGAAGUAGAAUUAUUAUGUCGUACAAUAUUUUAAUUUUUAAAUAUGAAGUAUUUUAUUAGAUUUAG